CAUCAUGAGCUCAGGAGAGGCAGAUACUAUCGAGUUAGACUCGUCGUCGUCACGCAUCCAGGUGGCCUCCGGGCUAGAUACUGGUGACGAUGGCCAUUUGUCUCCUACAACACACUCCAACAGUGUGUACGAGACUAGGUAUCAAAAGUCUCUUCGACAUUAUUUGACGCGUGAAGCAUUACCCAAAGAAUCGCAUUACAGAAACCUGAAUUCCAUUGUUGAUGGAUCCAUGAGACCAACACUGGACGACCUGCACCACAACACUCUCAGAGAACAACAGCGACACCCUGGUGCUGACCUCGAGACCGGACCCUCCAACCUCAGAGGAAAAGUAAUAAAGUUUGGAUGGCUCGAAGGUGUUUAUAUGCGAUGUCUUCUCAACAUCUGGGGUGUGAUGCUCUUUCUAAGAGUGUCAUGGAUGGUUGGGCAAGCUGGAGUGUUGUCAUCAAUUAUUAUCGUAAUAAUGGCCAACAUUGUGACCAUCAUAACCACCCUCUCUAUGUCAGCUGUGGCCACCAACGGUCGAAUACAAGCUGGUGGUGUGUACUACAUGAUAUCUCGGUCACUUGGACCAGAGUUUGGUGGCUCUAUUGGACUAAUGUUCACGGUAGCAAACUCUAUUGCAGCAGCAACAUAUAUUAUUGGUUUCUGUAAUUCUUUGCAAGAUAUGAUGAAAGAUUACUUCAAUGGUUCACAAAUUUUUGAUGGUGGUGUUAAUGAUACGAGACUGGUUGGUACCAUCACACUAAUUGCUGUACUUGCCCUGGCUAUUGUUGGCAUGGACUGGGUCACAAGGGUGCAGAUGGGCCUACUCUUUCUACUGAUCGGUGCACAAGUUGACUUCCUUGUUGGAGCCUUUAUGGGCCCUCUUGAUGACUUAGAAGCUUCUCAGGGAUUUAUUGGUCUAAGCAGUAAAGUUCUGUCCUUGAAUUUGGGUUCUGAUUACCGAAAGUCUGAAGGAAAAGACCAAGAUAUGUUCAGUGUGUUCGGAGUAUUCUUCCCUGCUGUCACAGGCAUUGUGGCUGGAGCAAAUCUCUCUGGAGAUCUUAAGGAUCCAGCCUCUGCUAUUCCUAAAGGGACACUGGGUGCCAUUUUCACCACAUUCUGCACAUACCUCAUCUAUCCAAUACUCAUUGGAGCAGCUGUAAUGAAAGAUGCUUCAGGUAAUAGUUCCAUAUACAUUGAGUAUAAGGAUAAUGUUACAAACUUCGGGGAAAAUCCUGUAUUCACCAAUGAAUCCUGCAGCAAAACUGGAGAUACAGAUGAUGGAAUAAAAGUAUGUUCCUAUGGAACUCAAAACAGCUUUCAAGUUAUGGAACUAAUGUCAGCUUGGGGUCCUCUGAUCUAUAUUGGAUGCUUUGCUGCCACCCUCUCCUCAGCUAUUGCUUCACUAGUUGGAGCUCCUCGUGUCUUACAAGCCUUAGCUAAAGAUAAACUCUAUCCUGGCAUAUAUGGAUUUUCAAAGGGAUCUGGUGCAAAUAAUGAUCCUGUUCGUGGUUACAUCCUUGUGUUUAUCAUCUCAUUAGCAUGCAUCAUAAUUGGUGACCUGAAUUUAGUAUCAACUUUGCUGAGUAACUUCUUCCUGGCAUCAUACAGUCUUAUUAACUUCUCCUGCUUCCAUGCAUCACUUAUCAAAUCUCCUGGUUGGCGUCCUGGAUUCAAGAACCCAGAUGUGAACUGGGGAUCAUCUACUCAAGCACAGACAUACGUCUCUGCUCUCAAGACAACUCUGGACCUGAACACAGUUGAAGAGCACGUUAAAAACUUCCGUCCGCAGUUGUUGGUACUCACUGGUUCACCUGGAUCGAGACCACCCCUCCUAGACUUUGCUCAAAGUAUCACCAAGAACAUCUCAUUACUUGCAUGUGGCCAUGUGAUCCAGGGCCCUCAGACACAACGUGUACGAAAUUCACUUAUCAGGCAAGCCUACAGAUGGCUUCAGCGUCACAAGAUUCGUGCAUUCUAUUCAGUGGUUGAAGGAAAUAACUUAGAAGAAGGAGCUAGAAACUUGUUUCAGCUUGUUGGCUUAGGCAAAUUACGACCUAACACUGUUUUACUUGGAUACAAGGCAAAUUGGCACAAGUGUGAUCGUCAGGAGCUUAAGGCUUACUUCAAUACUUUACAGUAUAAAAAAAAUUCUUUCUCACAUUCUUUAUAUUUUAUUUCCCCUUCACAUGCAAUGCUGUUCCCAGAAUUGGCGAAAAUGCUUGGGACAAUUAAUUCAAAUACACGGAAUACGUAUUAUCGGGUCUUUAGGAGGAAGAAAAUACGCCAAACAGGUCAAGAUGGUACCGACAGUGAAGCAUCAACCCCACCUGGCUCACCAGAAGUUGAACGAGCAGUUGUGUCUGAGCUUCCACGUCCAGAUGAUGGGCAGAAGCGUCGUGCUUCAAUUGCUAACUUGUUCAGAGGUCCAGGAGGUGUUGAGUUAAGCAAAGAUGUCUUAAACAAUAUUACUAUGUUUAAGAGGAAACAAAAGAAGGGCACAAUUGAUGUAUGGUGGCUGUAUGACGAUGGUGGUUUAACUCUGCUGGUGCCAUAUAUUCUUACCACAAGGUCACAGUGGUCUGGAUGCAAGUUGCGUGUGUUUGCUUUGGCCAACCGUAAAGAUGAGCUUGACAUGGAACAGAGAAGUAUGGCUAACUUGUUAUCCAAGUUCCGUAUCGACUACAGUGAUGUUAUUGUAAUACCAGACGUUGCCAAAAAAGCUGCUGAAUCAUCACGUAUGGAGUUUGAUCAAUUAAUUCAUGAAUUUAAGACCAAGAGCACUGAAGAGAUAAGCAAAGAAAAUGAAGGUAUUUUGAUUAGCGAAGCAGAGCUCCUUGGUCAACGUGAAAAGACAAACCGGCAUGUUCGUCUUCGUGAACUACUCUUGGAAAAUUCAAGAGAAGCCUCACUAGUGGUCAUGACCCUGCCAAUGCCUCGUAAGUCUUCAGUUUCUGCCCCUCUGUACAUGGCUUGGCUAGAGACAUUAACCCGUGACAUGCCUCCAUUCAUCUUAAUCCGUGGCAAUCAGACAUCAGUCCUUACUUUCUAUUCAUAAAAUAUAGAAAAUUCAUCUUUUUCAGAGUUUAUGUAAAUAUUUUAAAAUUUUCUAUGCUGACUCUUAAAUGUAAUAUAUUACUAAAGAUUUGUCAAGGUUUUGUCAGUUAAAGGUAAUUACUGGAUAUGUAAUUUUUAAUUAGUUGCUUGAUAAACAAAUUCAUAGGACAGCAGGAUUAAAACCAGUGGCAAGUCCUGAAACCAUGAGGCAAGUGCUCUAACAGCUGUACCAAAUAAGAUUUGUCCAACUAGGAAUAUUUAUAUACACUAUAAAGGUUAGCAUGGUCUGCACUAUGACCACGAAUGCUGGUUAUUGCGGAUGAAUCUCGCCAACAUGGCUGUGGCAAGAUUUAGCUCAAAUGGGAGUUAGUUCUUGCCAUAAAAAACAGCUUUUAUGAUCACAGUGCAGACCAUGCCAACCUUUCUUGUGUAUAGAGAUAUACCUAGUUAAACAAAUAUUAGUAGGCUGGCACAGUAUAGUGAUUAGAGCACUGGCUUGCCAUGGAUUUGAAUCCUGUCCAUUCCCUGAGCUGUUUACUGUCAUGUUGUUAUGAUUUCUCAAGUUAGUGACAUCACUUCUUAGAAGGAAGGAAGAUGCGAGAUUUACUGAGCUCUUUGACCUAUGUGAUCAUUCAGUGCUCAUGGCAAUAAAAUAUAACUUCUCUGGGGUGGUUCAAGUAUUAGUUAAAUUGGUAUUAUUAGCCUAAGCAUGCUAAAAUAUGUACAAAUUUUGGUGUAUGCAAGAAUGUACAUCUGAAAUCUUUCUUUUAAGAAACCGGCCAUAUCCCACUGAGGCAGGGUGACCCAAAAAAGAAAAAAUGGAAGUUUCUCUUCUCUUUUUAAAUUUAGUUAUGUAUACAGGAGAAAGGGUUAUUAGCCCCUUGCUCCCGGCAUUAUAGUUGCCUCUUACAACAUGCGUGGCUUACGGAGGAAGAAUUCUGUACUUCUGAAAUCUUUCUUCUUUCAACAAACUGGCAAUAUCCCACCGAGGCAGGGUGGCCCAAAAGAAAAAGAUAACAGUUUCUCCUUUUAAAUUUAAUAAUGUAUACAGGAGAAGGGAUUACUAACCCCUUGCUUCCAUCGUUAUAGUUGCCUCUUACGACACACAUGGCUUACGGAGGAAGAAUUCUGUAUAUCUGAAAUAUACUGUUUAUAUUCUGAGCAAGACAGCACUCUGACCUUUUUGUUACUACUCAUAGAUUUUUUUCUUAUUCAUUUGGAGGAAUAAGUGUAUGAGGGUUAUGUAGGUCUGAUAGUACACCCAUGUCCAGUCUAAAGCUGUGAAUUUUUAUUUGGGGUAAUAUUUCAGGGCUGGUGAUGGUUCCAGUUACCCUACUAUACUCAGUCUCUUACAGGUAGUGAAAAGUAGCCACCUUUACCAUCACCAGAGUCACAUAUUUUGUAAAAAAAAAAAAAUUAAGUAUUUAUCAGUAAUAUAUGAUCAGGGUAAUGAUUGAGUUAUUGUUUAGUUAUCAGGCCAAAAUAUAAUGGAAGAGCUUUUUAAUAUGUAGAUAUAGUCACAUGCUUAAUGAAAAAUUGAAAUUGACAUUUCAAUUUUUCAUUUGCAAUAUGAUUUAUUUUUUAAUUUAAUUGAGCUCUAUGACCCAUUCAGGUUUAGCGUGUUUUGGAGAAUAAUAAUUGAUUUAACUGCUGUGUUGAUAUAAGAAAAUGUGAACACUAUGUUGGUUAUAUUCCAAUUCAAUAAUGAUUGUGAUCUGCUUCAUAAGAUAUACCAGCUGCAUAUGACUAUUUUCUGUGCAUAUAUGGUACUUAUGAUAUUGUUAAAGUCUUCCUUAAGUUGUUUGUCUUAAAGCAUAAUUAUCAUUCCAUCUCAAGGGUGAUGGCAGCCAGUAGAUGCAUUUACAGGUUCUUCUCUCAGUACAAGCUGAUUAUUUUCUUUGUAUUUAUAUUUUGUACUGCAAUUAUUUAUUUUCAUACAGUUUUCUUUGUAUACAUUUAAAACUGUUCAACUAUUUCUUACCAUUCCAUGUAAUGAAUAAGCAAUUAAGUGCUGUUUUUACAAAGAAUACAAAUUAAAAUUUUAUUGCAUAUAUAUGUAUUUGUUUAAACCAUGCUUGUAGGUUAUAUUGUUGCUAACUAUGGGAAGAUUGUGGUUUUGUACAGUUUUUCAAAUAUAAACUCUGUAGAUAUACUUAUAGUUUUAGAAGGAAUAACUUGGAAAAAAAAAUCUUGACAAAUUUCCCAUAUGAGAGGCACUAAAGAGCUUUUGCCUUAUAUACUUUUACCAUGACAGCACUUUUUUUUUUUCUUUAGUAUUCAACAUUUUCAAUCAUAAAGUCUUCUUCACUUGUAUGAUCAGUCUACGAAUUACAAUACCUAGAACUAAUUUCUAAGGUAAUUGUUUAAUUUAUUUUCAUUGAUUUAUGAAGAUUAUUAAUUCCAGAAUUAAGUAGAGAUUAUUUUUUCUGAAAAUGCUGUGAGACAGCAUUCAUGUAAAUUUAAAAAUAGUGCAGUUGAAUUUUGACUGGUUAUAUUUUUGUGUUGUUGUAAGAAGGCAAAUAACUGCCAACAACUUGAGAGAAAGGGACAUGAAUGCAUUCAGUAGGAUACAAUUAUUGGACUUUGAUUGCUUCAAAUAUAUGAGGAAUAUGAGAGGAGACAGGUACUGGUAGUGGUAUUAUUAAUAGUACCUGGUAGUAGUAGUCAGUGCAGGAUGCCAUGAGUGGAAAAGGGCUUAUCUUAGGAACAUAAGAAAGGAGGAGCACUGCAGCGGGCCUACUGGCCCAUGCCAUCCAAGUCUACAUUUCAUUCCACUCGUGUACUUGUCUAACCUAUUUUUAAAGGUACACAAGGUUUUUGCUUCAAUGAUGCUACUCAAUAGUUUGUUCCACUCAUCCACAACUUGAUUACCAAACCAGUGCUUUCCUAUAUCCUUUCUAAAUCAAAAUUUUUCUAAUCUGAAUACAUUGCUGCAAUUCCUGUCUUGGUUAGAUAUUUUAAGCACAUUAUUUAUAUCCCCUCUAUUUAUACCUGUCUUCCAUUUUACAACUCAGUUAUAUCCUUCCCCCCUAAUUCUACACCUUGCUAGAGAGUGCAGAUUCAGUGCCCUCAGUCUAUCCUCAUAGGAUAGACUGUUUUACGUGGCAGUCUCAUAGAAGUGUUAUAUUAGCUGAUGUAUAACUAUUAGCUUGUUGAGUGACGGUGUUGGAGGUGGUGAUGAGUGAAGUGUCAACACAUCUUCAUUGUUUUAAAUCUGAUUCCCAGUAAACAAAUUCAAUAUCUUGCCAAUGCAUGGAAUGUCCCUUGAUAUUUCUGUGUAUGACACAAGAAUUGUUAAUGUCAUCUCUGCUACGUGUGUUUUUAUAUUCAUAAAUUCUCAUGGACAAGUUUCCCAGUUUUUUCCCUUCUACUAUUUCCUGUCCAUAUAUAUAGCCUGUCUCCUCAUACUUCUCAUGUGUUUGCAGUGAUCAGGGUUCAGGGACUAAAACAUCUAUAAUAAUGGCAUCCUAAGUGAAUACAAUUAUGUCCAUUUUCCCUCAUAUUUUUAGCGGGCAGGAAUUACUGAACUUGAUACAUUGUUCUUAAUGUGAAUGCCUAAAUUUUAGGGGCUUGGCCUUAAAUGGAAUCCUAAAAUGCUGUAUUUCACAUGCUAAAAUGUUGACUUUAGAAGGAACACUUUAAGCUUGCCAAAGAAUGCCACAUGUUGGGUUUGGCUAUUACAUAUUGUGAAGUAAUUACCACUCGCCUGCACUGACAAGCAUAAAAUUAUACCAGCCAUUUAUGUUAUUUAAAUAUGACAAAAAUUAUAGGUUCUGUGGCAACUGGAAAUGGAAAGUGAUUUGCAAAAUCCUUUCAAAUUUGCUAUGAACUUCAUCCUAACUAAUUAAAGUAGUUGCAAUGGUAAGUGAAGCCUACUGUUUUACCAGUUAUUUUUCUGUUUAGAGCUGACAAUAAGUCUUGGUUUGCUCUUGCAAACUGAUUUCCUAAUUUCUGGAGUAAUUCUUUUGUUAUUUAUGUUAACUCUAAAACAGUUUUGACCAGUUUUCACUCUGACUUGGAAUUUUAAUGUAAAUACUUGUUGACCUGGUGCCUUCAAUACUGUGAUCCAUGGUCAGGGAAAUUGUUUUCUUCAUGUAUGUUGAAUUCUUAGUUGUUAUAGGACUUGUUAAUAUGUAUUCUAUGCCUGAAUUUACCACAAUUCAGUUAUUCCAUAGAAAUUGUUACUAUAUUGGCUGUUGAAACCAUUUUUCAGUUCUCAUUGGUUCAGAAAAUUUGUUUGAACAUUAUUAGCAACAGAAGGAAGUACACUGAAAUAAUUGUCAACCUUGUAGUUUUUAUUUGCUACUUUAGAAAAUUUGUUUGUUUCCUUUAAGAUUUGAACAAAAGAAGUUGUCAAAUUUUCUGUUAGUGAAUCUAAUCAAACAAGAUUCAUUGUCCAUUAUGUUAUUAGUUAUACCUUGAAUGUUUAUAUUAGGUAAAAUAUGUUUUGUUACAUUAGCACAAAUGGAUUUUCAUGCUCAAAUUUUUGGCUUAGAGCCAUUUAUCUGCAUCAAGAAACUUAAAUAAAUCCUAAUAUUUGCAUUUGGUGGGUGUGAAUUGUUAGUUUUAACUAACACCAAAUAAAUUUUAUUUUUGAGAA